UCAGCUUCACCAUUCAUCACAAUUCCACAACUACUCAAGAAAUUUAACUUGCUUUAGUUAUCACUCCAUUCGUCAUCUUUUUCCAAGAAAAAAAAAUGUCUUGCUGUGGAGGAAGCUGUGGCUGUGGAUCUGGCUGCAAGUGCGGCAGUGGCUGUGGAGGAUGUGGGAUGUACCCCGACGUGGAGAGCACCACCACCUUUACCAUCAUUGAGGGAGUUGCACCAGUGAAGAACUAUGGAGAGGGAUCUGCUGAGAAAGCAACAGAAGGAGGAAAUGCCUGCAAGUGUGGAGCAAACUGCCAAUGUGACCCUUGCAACUGUUGAUGAACAAGACAGACCAAAAUGUCUCUUGUUGUAUUACUAUGUGUUUUAAGAGCUUUGUGUUAUUAAUAAGACUACAAAAGCCAUUGAACUGACCAUCUGCAAAUCUUUUUGACAAAGGUUUGUUUGAUGUUUGUUUCAUGGUUUUUCUGUUUGGGUUUCUAAUCUGAUUAUUAUGUUUGUAUGAAGGAAGUUGAUUUGGGCUGUAACACUAAAACUUUAUCAUUAUGAAAUACAAGCCGGCUCCUCCUUUUAUUA